ACCACUGCACACAAUGCUUUUCCUCCCAGCUGCUGCUCUGUGCUGUCUGUGUUCAGCGCUGGUUGCCAUGGCAGCACAGCUGAUUCAGGAGGAUUUAACAUUGACCAGGAGAGCUGGUGGAAAUGUUUCCUUCAGCUGUCGAGGAACGGACCAGUGUGACAGUAGUUAUGUAUUCUGGUACCAGAAGAAAGACACAGAAACAUUCAAAAGGAUUCUUUUUAUUGAGGAUAAUGGUAACGUAGGUAAAGGUUACAAUCACCCUCAGGAAGAUGAUUUCUCAUCUGUAAAGACACAGAACGGCUGGGAGUUGCAGAUCCAGACAGUUAAACCCUCACAUUCAGCCACCUACUACUGUAACUGUGCGAAACUUGAGUUGUACGGUAUUGCUGGCUCUGGCACUAAACUGUUUGUAACAGAUGAGCAGGUAGUGAAGCCCGUGGUGAGCGUGUACCCAGCAGCAUCCAGAGCCCACCUGGAGGGGAAGAGCUCCCUGCUGUGUCUGGCCUCAGCCAUGUCUCCUCCUCUGGUCCAGUUCUCCUGGAAAAGACAGAAGAAGAACGGCCCGCCGGAGGUUCUGACCCCUGCUGAGUUUGAGCAGCUGGAGCUCAGAGAGCCGGGACGCAGCGCCUCCAUCCUGCUGCUCCAUCAGCAAGAGAACAGCGCAUAUAAAUACCACUGCUACGUCAAGCACGAGGGGGGCACAGUGGAGGCCCAAACAGGUAAUGAAGGCUUGGUGACUGUGUUCAGCAGUGAUUCAGCUUCAUCUGGAGACGCUGUCAGAGAGAAGGUUUCUACUGUUACUCUGCCAACACCAGCUCCACCACUUCCUGUCCCGUCUCAGUACCAGGUGCUGCUGCUCUGUGUGCUGUACACAGUGCUGAUAGUGAAGAGUCUGGUGUACUGCUGUGGACUCUCUCUGCUGAUGAUCCUCAGAAACAAGGGACCGUCCACCAACUGCACACAUGCUGACUGACUGUUUCCUGCUCGCCGUUUCUCACCAUCACAUCUCAUCAAUUCAUCUCAUUCAUCACUUUGAUCAGUCUUCAUAAAUGUCACUUAUGACGUGUUGUGCUUGUUUUUACAUUUUCUCUCUUUAUGCACAAGUUAGAUACAGUUGUGCUAAAUAUAUAAAUACAUAUAUACUCAUUUAUAUUUACAAAUAAAAUCUUAACAGUUACUUUUUUAGCUUUGGUUUGUUUUGUUUCCAACUAUAAACUUUGAUUUGUAUUGUAGGAAAUAUAAAAAUAAAUGUAGAAAAUAUAACUCAGUUUUUAGUAUUUUUCAAACCUUUAUUGUGUUUAUUGU